AUGGUGAAUCAUACAGUGAAUGAAACUUGUACAAAUUAUUUUGAGCAUGCCAGUGACGUGGAAGACAAUAUCAAUACGUUAACGUCAACGCAUACAAAUAUUACAGAGAAUAACAGAUCAAUUGUUCUAUCGUCUACAUCAGACACUUUAAUGGCGCCCCCCUUACCUCCUCAUCAUUUUGGACAUAGUAAAUCCCUUUCAUCCUCGUCAAUAACAUCAACACCGGGGGCUGGUGGCGGUGGUGGUGGUGGUGUGGGUGUUGACAGUAUGAAUAUAAAACGAUGUCAUGACAUUACACGAUUUCGAAUCGAUUGUAAAGAAGCCUCACAGGUGAUCACAUCAGCUAUUGAUGCACAAGUCAAGUCUAUCAGUGAAAUGUUAUCAUAUUUUUCAAAAUUAGUUAAAGCUGAGAAAACUGUACAACAAGCUUUAUCGGAUUUAUUAAAUGAUCAGAAAGAAGCAACAGGAGAUCCCAGUGGAGGAGGAGGAGGUCAACGUCAAAAUGGUGGUGGUGGUAGUAUGCGAAAUUUUUUCCGUGGGAAUUCACGUCGACGUGGACGUAAUACACUAUCAGGAUGGAAUAAAAAUCUGUCCAAUGGUACUACUGAUGGAGAAUUAAGUAAACUUCUACACAAUUUAGUUAUAUCAACAAAUCAUCAAGCACGCAUGUAUUCUACACGUGCAUUAUUUCACAAACUGAUUACAGCUGGUCAAUUGGAUAGUCUGAAUGCCUGUGAACAAUGCUUGAAACGUACUUAUAUGGAAUGUGAAGAAGAACUGAAAUCACAAGCUCGUCAGUACACGUUGAGUUUAAAAGCCUAUGAAAAGAAAUAUAUGAAAUAUACUGGUCAACUGUCUAAUUUACAAUCGAAAUUAACAAAUUUAUGCGAUAAACGUUUGACGAAUAAUCGUAGAGUUGUCGAUGGAUUGAUGAAUAAUUUAGAAUAUUCAACAAAGAAAUUAAAUCUUUUACAUAAUGAAUAUUGUUUAGCCUUGUUGACGGCUAAUCAUUAUCAACAAUGGUUAUACACGCAUUUGCGUCCAUGUCUACUGAAAGGUGUUGAGCGGACAAUGCAAUUAGCCUCAGAAGUUGUAUGGCAUCUGUUAGUUUUUGGCGGUGAAAAUAUUCACCAUUUCCAAUCGAAUUGGCUUAAAGAAUUUCAAUCUGAAUUGAGUCUGUCAAAUCUGUUAGAACAAAAUGGUGUUCAAUUUCCUGGACCUGUAAAUCAUUCAUUUAAUCCAUCAUUGAAUCACCCAUCGAUUAGUGGAAAUAUUUCACCCGGUUCACUUAUUGUCAAUGAUUUAACUGGACAAUCAUUAAUUGAAUUAGCUCAAUUACACAAGAAUAAGGAACUUUUGCAUAGAGAAACUGUGAGUCAAAUGACAAAAGAAUGUUUACAAUGGGAAGAAGCUUUAUCACAAUGGCGAGCUGUAUUUGCUAAUCCUGGUCCUAAUCCAUGGUCAAAUUCAGGUACCAUACAACAUUCCUUGACUGCAACAACUACAAGAACAUCUACAGCAUCGUCUUUAGUUAAUUCAUCUAUAGAUGAUGCAUCGAAUGGUUUCACUAUGGAUAAUCCUAUUCCAUUAACUCUUCCCGAUAUACAAGAUCUUUGGCAUGAUGAUAGAGCUCGUCCAGUGAACCUCUGUGAAGUAUCAUUUCGUUUGGCUAUUUGUGAAUUUGAAUUAUGCUUUGCAACUUGUCUGGCUGACUCUGAAGCUCAACUAGUCAGUGUACUGACAGAUGCUCAAUGUCGCCUGAAUUGGUACUCGCUGAAGUUGUUGUCCGAUUCAACAACGAGUAGUACAACGAGUACAUUCUUACGGAAUCAUACUACUGAUAAUUUCAAUGGCAGUAGUGGUAGCGGUGAUGACAAUAAUAAUAAUAAUGGGCAUAAUAAUUAUAACCAUGAUCAUAAUAUUAAUAAUAAUGAUAUUGACAUUCAAAAUGGUAAUGAUGGCGAUACCUGUGGUCAAUUGUUCAAUAACCAUGACAAUUCGAUCCCAGUCUGUGGUUUCAGUGAUUCAUCGGGUUCUAUCUAUCCUAAACUGCUAAUCGAUCAAACAUUCACGCCUCCUCCUCCUCCUCCUCCUGCUCUUUCAACAUCGAAUACUUCCGAUUUAUCCUCUAGCAUGGAACAACAACAACAGCAACAACGUCCUGAACGUAAUCGUUUAUGGCAAAGUGUUCGACAGUCAAUGUCAAAAUUUCGUUCACAUUUUAUUCGAAAUAAUAAUAUCAGAUCAUCAACAAGUGCACUAUUGAAUUCACGUACAUCAUAUCAACAACGUAUACGUGAAACGUUAAUAGCGAUACCUAUCGCUGAAAAUGGACAUAAAUAUGAUGAUAAUAAUAAUAAUAAUCAUGAUUCUCAUCAGACAUUUAAUACACUUCUGCAUAUACAGUCACCGUCAUAUGGGAAAUCUUCAUCGCCUUAUCCUAUGAAUUCUGUAAAUAAUAUGAGUAGUGAAUGUCAGAGACGAUUAGGCACAGAUACUCCAUCGUAUAAUCAAAAUAGACGAUUUAGUCAUCAAAAUAUUCAAACUAAUCGAGAAUCUCAAGAUUCGACAUCGAUACUAACCAGUUUCCCAUUAGUGAUUGAGUCUGAUGUCGAUAUUAACAAGGAACCCUGGUUUCAUGGUGUUCUGCCUAGAGCUGAAGUCGAACGCCUUUUACAAAAUCAAGGUGAUUUUCUUGUCCGUCAGACAAGUAAACGUGCCAGUGGUCGUGAUACACUUACAACAUGGAAUGGUGGUGGUGGUGUGGGUGGUGAUGUAUUCAACGGCGGUGGAAGUCAUCAUGAUGGAACACUGAAUAAAGAUAUUCAUUCCAAUGCAACUGUUCUACGUAUGGUCCUGUCAGUUUAUUGGCAUGGUCAUCGACAUUUUAUUCUGUAUGGUGGCGGAAGUUCUGGUGAAGGUUGGCACUUAGAAGAUGGUUAUUUUUCAACAAUUAGAGAAUUAGUCGAGUAUCAUAUGAAAACUCAAACUCCAGUGACAGCUAAAUCAGGCGCUUGUCUUAUUACUCCAAUAUCAAGACCUGAUUGGGAAUUAGACAAUCGUGAUGUACAAUUGUUGCAAAAAAUUGGUCAGGGAAAUUUUGGUGAUGUCUAUCGUGGUGUUUAUAAUGGCUGUGAAGUUGCUGUGAAAACAUGUCGUGUUGAUAUGACCGCGUCUGAUCUACGUCAAAAAUUUCUCCAAGGUGAAACAACUGCAUUGAAUUUCAAUCAUCCAAAUAUUGUUAAACUUGUCGGUAUUGCUGUUCAAUCUUAUCCAAUUAUGAUUGUUAUGGAAUAUGUUCCAGGCGGUUCUCUUUUAAACCAUUUACGUAAAUCGAAAAAUGCCCUACCUGUUAUGAAAUUGCUCAAAAUGAGUCUAGAUGCUGCCAGCGGGAUGAGUUAUUUAGAAAUGAAGAAUUGUAUUCAUCGUGAUUUAGCCGCAAGAAAUUGUUUAAUUACAGAUGAUGGGCAAUUGAAAAUAGCAGAUUUUGGAAUGUCUAGAGAAGAGCAUAUUUAUGAAUUAAGUGAUAAACGUGGUCAAAUUCCAAUCAAAUGGACUGCUCCUGAAGCUCUUCGUACAGGUCGUUAUACUAUUAAAUGUGAUGUUUGGUCAUAUGGUGUUCUUUUAUGGGAAAUAUUUACAUUUGGUGAUAUUCCAUACAGGAAUUGGUCAAAUCAACAGACAAGAGAUAUGAUUGAAUCAGGUUACCGAUUACCUGCGCCAGAUUUAAUGCCAUUAUGGUUACGUACAUUGAUGAAUCGUUGUUGGAGUGAAGAACCUGAGAAACGUCCUAGUUUUGCUGAUAUAUCAAGCGAAAUUAAACUACCGAAUGCAAAUUCUUUUACACCGAAUCUACGCAGAUCUGCUGAUAAUCAUCAACAGAAUAAAUCUACUGAUAAUAACAACAAUCAUACUACUAAUACUACUAAUAAUAGUAGUAUAGAUAGUAGCAGUAAUGAUAACAAUCCUAUGAAUUCAUCAUCAAUUAAUUCUCGAUUGGCAAUAUCAGUGAAAGAUAAACGUGUCCGAGAGAAUUAAUUGUGAAAGUUCAAACUUGUUUUUUUUAUAUUUUCGUUUAUCAUCGUGAUAUUGUUUCGUUUCAAUGGAUUAUACCGUUUUCUUUUUUUAUGUACAUAGAUCCAUUCCAUUUUGUUUAAAGCGCCUUUCUCCUCUUCUCUCUGUUUUUUCUAAAAAAAGAAGUUUUAUUCUGUAAAUGAAAUUUUUAUUUUUUUUUCUUGGUUUGUUGCGUGUU